AUGGCUGAUGGUAACGACGAUGAUGCUUUGAUCAACAAGAUACUGCUUAACAGAGCUGGAAACCAAAGCAAAGCCAAAUCAUGGCUGGCAGCGGCUCUACCAGAGGAGGCACAAGAUGACCAGUCACAAACUGACAAGGAUGAAGAUUUGACAGAGGUUCGAGGUGACGAUGAUCUUUCUGGAGUUGGUGCACCGAAGUCGAAUGUCGAAGACGACGAUAUCCUGAACCGCCAGCUUCUGAGCGCGAACGAUGCUUUACGAAGAAAAUUACUAAGCAAGGAAGCUUAUGGCAAGUAUCAAUCAAGUCGAAAGGUUAGACCUAACACGGCAAUGGCGAAAUCUGCGGUGUCCAAGAGAACAGCAGAUUCCGAAAGCGAGGAAGAGGGCAAAGGACGAUCACGUAACAAUAAUCAGGUGAAGCGGACCGUAGAGGUGUCGGACACAGAGGCAAAUGAUUUACAGCGGCAGGGAGUAUCUGCAACUACUGUACCGUCUAGAGGCAAGAAACGUCCUGGAAGCUACCUCGAUCAACUUCUCGCAGAACGUGGCAAGAAGAAGAGUAAAGCAGGUUGA